UCCGGGCUCGGGAAUCCCGAGGUGAUGGAUCCGAGCUCGGGAAUCACGGGGUGAUGGAUCCGGGCUCGGGAAUCCCGAGGUGAUGGAUCCGAGCUCGGGAAUCCCGAGGUGAUGGAUCCGGGCUCGGGAAUCACGGGGUGAUGGAUCCGGGCUCGGGAAUCACGGGGUGAUGGAUCCGGGCUCGGGAAUCCCGAGGUGAUGAAUCCGAGCUCGGGAAUCCCGAGGUGAUGGAUCCGGGCUCGGGAAUCCCGAGCUCAGCAGAAGUUUCAGAUUACAAAACUUCCAGGUUUGUACAGGAUUUUUAGAUGUUUUUUUUUUCCUUUUUUUUCCCUGGAGAAGGAAUUUUGCAGUGGACAGUAAAUGCCAGUUUUGCACCAGCUCAGGGCAGGGAGGAGUGAUUGGUUUGGGGUCAUCUCUGAGCUGUGACUCAGCGCCUCGGCAGGGAAAUCAAGUGUCUUUUAUGCAGAAAUCACAAUAAAUUUCUGUGCUCAUUUGUAUUGAGGACCCUCAAAUCAGACUGGAAUGAUUAUUUCCCCCCUUCAACCCUCUCACUAAUUCCCACUGACUCACCCUGUGGAUCCACACGUUCUCCCAGCUCCGAGGGGCAGAGCCAGAUCCCACCCGAGUGAAAUCCAGAGGGAUUUGGCUCCAGAGGGAAGAGCAGCCGGGUUUGGGAGCAGGGAGCAGCUGCAGGAGCAGAGGGAGCUCAGACCCCUCUUGCUCCCGACAGCGAAUCCCAGCCUGGCCAGGGAAGGGAUCUGGGAAUUCCGCAGCAAGCACAAGAUCAGCAGCAGGUGAAGAGGAGAGAGGAGAGGGAGGAAGAUUUCAGCAAAGGCUGCCCAGCCCCUGGAGGUGAGUGUUGGCUCCCGGGAGCAGCGGUGGGAGGCCGGAGGGAAGAUCCACUCUGUCAGCAGAGACCUGGAAGGGACUGAGAGCUUCCAGCACUUUUGACGUGCUGACAGCAGGACUGGAUUGCAGCUGGGGCUUCGGAGAUGCUGUGGGAGCAGGGAAAACGGGAAAACACGCUCUGGAUGCUGAUGGUGAGCAGAUGAGAAACCUCAGCAGGACCGGAUAAACGGGGAAGCCAUGGAUGGGUUUUACCCCUCAGCAGGAAGAGCCGGGCAGGACGUGCUCAAUGCAACCAGCUGGGCAGAACAGAGCCACUCCCCGCUGUCCCUGCGUGUGGUGACAGCCACCUGCCUGGCCCUCCUCAUCCUCUCCACGCUGCUGGGGAAUGCCCUGGUGUGCGUGGCCGUGCUGAGGUUCCCACAGCUGCGCUCUAAGGUCACCAACCUGUUUGUGCUCUCCUUGGCCGUGUCUGAUCUGCUGCUGGCCGUGCUGGUGAUGCCCUGGAGAGCAGCCACCGACGUGCUGGGCUCCUGGCCCUUCGGGGCUUUCUGUGACCUUUGGGUGGCUUUUGACAUCAUGUGCUGUACGGCCUCCAUCCUCCACCUGUGCCUCAUCAGCCUCGAGCGCUACUGGGCCAUCGCCGACCCCUUCUGCCACCAGAGGAGGGUGACACAGCGCGCGGCUUUGGUCGCCAUUGGGGUGGCUUGGCUGCUGUCCCUGCUCAUCUCCUUGGUCCCCGUGCAGCUGCGGUGGCACAAGGAGCCCCCGAGCCGGGAGCAGCUGGGAUUGAACAGCUCUGUGGAGGAGGGGAGUUGUGAUUCCAGCCUCAGCAGGACCUACGCCAUCUCCUCAUCCCUCAUCAGUUUCUACAUCCCUGUUGCCAUCAUGCUGCUCACCUACGGCCGCCUCUUCCUCAUCGCCCGGCGCCAGCUCCGCGGGAUCUCCUCCCUGGAGAGACCGGCUGGACACGCCUGGAGCUGCCCUCAGGAAAUCUCCCUGAAAAACUCCCUCAAGAAGGAGACCAAGGUGCUCCAGACCCUCUCCAUCAUUAUGGGCGUCUUCAUGUGCUGCUGGCUGCCCUUCUUUGUGCUCAACUGCCUGGUGCCCUUCUGCAACACCGAGCCGGGCAGCCCGGGAGCGCUGCCAUGCGUCAGCAGGACCGUGCUCAGCACCUUCACCUGGCUGGGCUGGGCCAACUCUGCCCUCAACCCCAUCAUCUACACCUUCAACGCAGAAUUCCGCAGCGCUUUCGCCUCCCUGCUGGGCUGGGACCACCUCUGCCCCGGCAGUGCCGUGGAAGUGGUGACCUUCAGCAAGGAGCUGGUGUCCUUCCAUCAUGAUACCGCCGGCCACAGGGCUCUGGAGACCCCCAGCCACCCCCAGCUACUGCCCCAUGCUGUGCCGCAGAUGGAAAACCACGAGGUGACCUUGGAGAGGGUUUCUCUGGGUUCCUCUCCCCAUCAGGAGCCCUUUCCUGAGUGCAGAAGCCCCAUCCGGCCGGGGAGGAUUCCCCCGCCCUCCCACAGCGCCUUCCACUGAGCCUGGGGUGAGAAAGGAGUGGUGGGAAGGUCUCCAGCAGAGAGGGAAGCUGGGACAUUCCUGUUCUCUGAGGAGCUGAGGAUAAUGAGGGAGUUUCACCCUGAUUGCAUCACCGAGUGUGGAAUAGCCAGAGUGGUUUUCCAGGUGUCUCCAGCCGUGUUUUUGUAACUGAAUUUCAGUCCCAGCCCGGGUGGGCAGCAGGGAUUUGUGUUGCUGCUUUCUCCAGUUCAUCCAUGGAGAAAAAACCUCACUUUCUGCAAAAGAUGGAAAUGGAAGGGCUGGAAUUCAACUUUACCAGUUACUUCAGCUGAGAGAGCAGAGAUGGUUCAGUUUCCUGAGCCCCCUCCAUGGUCAGGAAGUGAAAACCCUGUGGCUGCAGGGAGAGGCGGCUUUGGCCACUGCCUUUGUCCUGUGCCCACCAGCCCAAGGCUG